AUGAGCUUGUCACCAUUGCCGAAUAUUCGAAUGUAUUGGGCACCUGAAUUGGGUAUUCCUCUGAUUAUGGAGACAAUGUCUCUAAAUCAUUUCAAAAAAAUCUGCCAGUUCCUGCAUUUCAAUGACAACACCGCGCAAUCACCCUCAGGUACACCAGGUCAUGAUCGUUUACAUAAAAUCAGGCCAGUAUUGGAAACAUUGAAAAAGAAAUGUUUAAGUAUCCCUAAAAGAGAGGCACUAUCUGUUGACGAGCAAAUGUGCGCGACGAAAGCUUCCAAUAUUCUGCGCCAAUACCUUCCAAAUAAGCCACAUAAAUGGGGGUAUAAAUUGCUGGUUCUAUGCGAUGAUCGUGGCUUUGCUUACGAUUUUGAAAUUUAUUCAGGAAUGGAGAACGAUCCAGAACUAAGGGAUUCAAGUGAGCCAGACUUGGGAGCGAGUUCAAAUAUCGUUGUACGCUUAGCUAGGUGCAUACCCAGGAACCAACAAUACCGGUUAUUCUUUGAUAAUUAUUACACGUCACCGGAAUUGAUUUCAUAUUUGGCCAAAGAAGGAAUCUUAUCGCUGGGGACUGUGAGCAAAGGUCGUUUGGGAAAGGAUGUUCAAAUCCCUUCCCUAAAAGAUCUAAAAAAAGAUAAGGUGGAGAGAGGUUUUUCUGAGGAAUGGGUGGCAAAUGUUGAUGGUACAGACAUUGUAACAGUGAUGUGGUAUGAUAACAAACCAGUUGUCUUAUCAUCGUCUUUCGUGGGCCAAGAGCCAAUACAAUUAGUAAGAAGGUACUGCAAGAAACAGAAGAAAUAUAUACAGGUAGAUUGUCCCCAAAUUGUAAAAGUAUAUAACCAGCAUAUGGGAGGUGUGGACCUACUGGAUUCGUUCCUGGGAAAAUAUAAAAUAAAAAUAAGGACGAAAAAAUGGUAUUUGAGGCUUUUUUAUCAUCUUAUUGAUGUUAUUGUCGUAAAUAGCUGGUUACUGUACAGAAGAGUUGGGGAGCAAAAGCAAACGCCAACCCCACUAAAGCUGAAGGACUUCAAAUUUGACCUAGGAAAAAGUUUGUGCAUGUGUGGGCCAUCAAUCACUAAGAAAAGAGGCAGACCAUCAAGUAUGUCUGAUCAAAUAGAAAUAAAGAAAAAGAAGCCAAAUACGGCAAUCUUACCCCCUCGUGAAGUCAGAUGUGACGGGUUUGAACACUUUCCAAUUUGGGGUCAAAAAAGGCAGCGCUGUAAAUACCCUGGUUGCAAAGGAAAAACAUUUAUAUCUUGUGAAAAAUGUCGAGUUGAACUCUGCUUCAAUAAAGAUAAUAAUUGUUUCAGAAACUUUCACCAAUAG